UUGAUGAACAAUCAUCAGCUGGAAUUGGCAAAGCAGCUACACAAAGAUGGGCAUCUCUUCUACUGUACCUGCGGCAUGCUUCCUGGGCUGUUACAGUCAAUGGACUUUUCAACACUGAAAUGUUUUCCUCCUGGCCAGCCAGAAAAAUUUUCUGCAUUUUAG